AUGAGGAAGUUGGAGGCACCGGACGUCGACAAGACAUACAUCGUGAAGGACAAGGAGAGGCAGGGAGCUGUUGACGAGGAGGGGCUGCCGAUCGUGUACGACAAGGAGCUCAUUGAAGCGUAUUGGAGGAAGCAGGAUGGGGCCCUGCAGAAGCGGUGGAGAGAGUUCCUCUCAGUCUCGGUUCCUUUCCUGACCAAGAUGAUUACGAUGCUGGUGAGAGGAGGAGUGGACGAGCUGAAGAAGAACGAGGUCGACCUCGCGAGGGAAGCGAGGCAGAACCUGGAGAAGCUCGGGCCAACGUACAUCAAGGCCGGGCAGAUGAUGUCAGUUCGGCCGGACGUCCUCCCCCAGCCCGUGCUCGACGAGCUGGCCUACCUGCAGGACUCCGUGAAGCCUUUCGACACCAAGGUGGCGGUUGAGAUGAUUGAGCAGGAGCUGAAGGCCCCGCUGGGCAAGUACUUCAGCGAGAUCUCCGAGAAGCCGGUGGCCGCAGCCUCCCUUGCUCAGGUCUACAAGGCGAAGCUGGUGACAGGAGAGACGGUUGCGGUCAAAGUUCAGCGCCCCGACGUGCUCUCAGUGGUCAGCAAGGACCUCUACGUGCUGAGGAGAGCAGCUGAGGUGUACCAGGGGCUCAUGGACAGGUUUGCUCCCCAGCAGAGGACCAACUACCUGGACUUCAUGAACGAGUGCGCAAACCAAAAGAAGCUGAAGGGCCUGCUGGAGGAGCAGAUGGUGGAGGGGAUGUACGUGCCUGAGGUAUACGAGGAGCUUUGUACGAGGAGGCUGCUGGUCACGGAGUGGGUGGACGGCGUGAAACUCUCCGAGUGCUCGCCGGAGGAGAUCAGGGAGGUGAUCGGGAUCGGGCAGGAGAGCUUCCUGACGCAGCUGCUGCAAGUUGGGUUCUUCCACUCCGACCCUCAUCCAGGGAAUAUUAUCCGGAUGUCCGACGAGAGCAAGGGCAAGAUCGCGCUCAUCGACUUCGGGCUGGUGGCCUGCCUGCAGCAGGAAGAUAUGGAUCAGAUCGUCAACGCCAUCAUCCACCUUGCCAACAAGGACUACCCCGCCCUCGUCGACGACUUCAUCUCGCUCGGCAUCCUCCCACCUGACUGCGACCGUCCCAAGGUCAUCCCGUUGAUGGACAAGGCCCUCUCCCCCUACAGGAUGUACGGCAUGGACGGAUCGUCCGGUGCCGCCAUCGGCGGCUUCCAGGCCAUGACCCAGGACGCGCUGACAGUCCUCAACGACAUCCCCUUCACCAUCCCCCCCUACUUCGCCCUCAUCGCCCGCGCUGUCGUGACGCUGGAGGGGGUGGCGCUGAUAGGAGACCCUUCCUACGGCCUCGUCAUGGAGGCUUACCCCUUCGUUGCCCGCAAGCUCCUCCGGGAGGAUCGGCCGGAGGUUCAGAGGGCUCUGCAGGAGGUGCUGUAUGCAGGAGGAGGGCUGAAGACUUCAAGACUCUCCGUCCUCCUCAACGGGGCCCUCGGGGUGGUGGCGAGGACCCAGGGAGGAGCGUUCAUCGACUUCGACUCGAUCCCGGAGGAGGGAGUCCCGUUGGAGGAGGCGAUCAAGUACCUCCUGAGCGACAAGGCGAGGAGCUUGCGGAAUAUCCUCGCAGAUGAGGUUGAGAACGCUGCAGACGUUCUCCUCCGCCAGAGCCUCCGCAAGGGUUUCAGCGCCUUCCUCAACAACCUCCCCCGCCCUCCCUUCAUCUCCUCCUUCCUCCCCUCCCCCGAGACAGUCCCCACCAUGUUCCUCCUCCCCACCGCCAGCGGAACUCCCCAGCCCGUCUUGCGCCCUCCCCAGGAGCUCCUGGAGGUUGUGGCGCCCAAGUUGACGAGGGAGGAGGAACUCUACGCCAUCUCCCUCGUCGAUCUGAUCAAGAGCGCGCUAGGAGAGGACGCGGCGACGCUGGUAGCAGGAGACGCGCUGGUCGACCCUCGUGCGGCCUCUCGCCUCCUCCUCUCGGUUGUCUCCACGGGGAAGCUGCCGGGAUGGAGUUCGCUCCCUGCUCCUCUAGCAGACGCUCUGAAGCAGCUGCUGACGGUGCUCAACGGAGGAAGCGUGCGGAGGGAGGAGGAGGAGAGCCAGGAGAGCAGUGCGGGAGGUUGGCAGACGAACUUGCAGGAAGUGCUGGGCACGCUGGAGAAGUUGGAAGAGAAGGAGAGGCAGGAGCUCAACGAUGUUGUGCAAGGGACGGGGAGCAGGCUAUGGCAGAGAAUGCUCAACAGGCUGGAGACUCUGUCAAGUUAA